UGACGCGCCGCCGGCUGACGCGCGUCCGUUGAGCGUUGAACCGGCGAGGCGGUUUCAGAGCCGUAAGGGGACGCCCUGAUUCGCGUUCGACAACGAGGGAGAGAACAACGACGACGACGACGGCGACGACAACGACGACGACGACGACGACGCCACAACAGAGAGCGCGACGGAGACAGGAGACGUGGAAAAACGGAGCGGUUGGUCUUUGAAUAAACGCGGCUCUAUUUAUUAUGUGAUCGCGCGCGAGUCGCGCGCCGGUCGACACAACACAAGAAAGACAACAACAAAGAGAAGACAGUCGAGGAAAAAUGCGGAGCACGCGAAUCGACGUUUUCUGCCAUCUCAUCGUGGCGAUUCUCGCCGUUCUGUCGACAUUUGGUCGUGCAGAGACCCCGUGCGACGCUGCCGAACUCGGAAAAACGCAGUGCAGCAAGAAUCAGAGAUGCAGCCAGAUCGUGAAUGCAAAUGGCCAGCUGUCGUCGGUGUGCGUGUGUCAACGAAACUUUCAUUUAGUUAAUGACGAGUGUGUUGAAAAUAAAACGGCGUCGUUUGCCGAUAUUACCACCCUUAAGCCGGAAUACAAAUCCGAGUCAGGAGGUAGCUCCGUAGCAGCCGGUCUUCUAAUACCGACCUUCCUCAUAGUAGUCGGUGUUCUGCUGUACUUCGGCGCGAGACGGUACAAAUGGCUGCAACGGUUUCGGCAAUACCGUCACAAUCGGUAUGGCAAUGUCCUAGUCACGAGAGACGACGACGACGACGACGACCCGCCGAUAGCGUAAGAUAACAAAUGAUAUGAGAAAAUUAUUAAAUUUAACGUGAGAAACGCAGAUGUAUACGCUUGCACAAGGUGUGCAUCAACUCUAAACGUGGUAUUUGUUGAUGGUUCGCACGUAGUUACACAGAUUUUAAUAAAUACUACGUAUAUAAAAUGUAUAUUCAUUUACAAUUUUGAUACGUAUACACUUACUGUAGCCUACCUAUUCCGUUAUAAAACAGAAAUUCUUCGCAGUUUAUUUCUACAUCACAAUAAACAACAGUUUUUGUUUUUAAAUUAAAAUUUUUAAAAGCACGAAAUAUUUAUUUUUUUCAAUCAACUGUUCGUGACGCGAGAGAAAUUUAUCUACAUUUUGCGCCGUACUUCGAUCGGCUGCAACGAUCACAUUUUGUCUUUGGGGGAUCAUUGUUAUGUAACUCCGUGCGAAUAUCAGCAGAUGAAUGACAUAAGAGAUGAAGAGCGAAAUGAAUUACGAGGCCAAAUGUAAAGCGCGUUCGUGCGAGUAGUUACGCUUUUUUUUCAAACGAAUUGAAUUGCGCGUUUAUUGAUUACUAUUUUUAUAAGUAUUAAUAGAAGUGUGUAAAUUUUUAAUACUUUUAAAACAUGGAAUCGCGUUUGAAUGAAGAUAAGUUCAAUUCGUCAAAGAUAAAAAAAAAAAAAGAGUGUUUCCAUUCGUAUCGAAUCGCCGAAUCUAUAUAUUUAUAUGUGAUGAUUGGAAGGAGGGAAUAUAUGACAUAAUGGACUGCGUUAAUAAUAAUUCUAGACACGUUCACUGAGAGUAAUAAUUUUUUACAUCGAUAUUAAUAAGCUGGUCAGUAAACUCCUUACGUAUAAUAUUAUAAUGUAUAAUAAACAGAUAUGAUUGUUUCUUUUAUUAUUAUUUUUUUCCACAUAAUAUAUAUAACAUUGUAUGCAAAAUGUUUCAGAAAAUUAAAGUAAUAUAUGGGAUCGAUGUAUAAUCAUUGAGAAUUAUCUUUUAAAUUUCAUUAUGUUUGAUUACUUUUUACAAUUUAUAGACAAUACAAUUUUUCUGAAUAACACUACUGUUAUUUAAACUUGUCUUUUUUCCUUUGAAUAUUUUAGUCUCUUCCUGUGAGCAAUUGUAAUUUUGUCUCGGCAAUUAGACCACACUAAAUCACUCAUGGAUCUAAAUUAGUACUUACCGAAUACUGGAUGAAUAAUGAGAUAAUUCUAAAUGCUACCUAUAUAGCAACGACGCGGUAAAUAAAUUUUGACAGAGUUACCUUUCGAAACGCAGACAAUUUAACAGUUAUUGCGCAUUAUUUAUACGUAUUAAAAAAGAGCGUCACACUUUUCAAUCUCUUUGAUGUUGCUGUAACAUAAUAUAAAAGUUUGUACAUACUCUUUGCUACUUCGGAAUGCGUACUCUUGCCAGUAACAAACUUCUUAUAAUUUAAUCUGAUCGUGAUUCGGGAGAAGAUACACUGAAUCUCGUACGUGCCUUAUUAGAUCAAGAGUCACCAGAGAAAUUGCGUUGCGUUGCGUCACACUCGCUUUACCUCUGCAUGAUGCAUUCGCGUAUUACAAUUCUACAAAAUUCAUAAAUAUUGAGAAAUAAAUCGGUGACUCGAAAAAUCUAAAGGCACGUGUGAGUAAUGAUCGUCGCUGAAUUGGUCGCGGGAGACGAUCUCGAAUCACGAUAGAUUAACGAAAUAAACUUAUGAGAGAGUUAUAUAUAUAUAUAUAUAUAUAUAUACACACAUAUACAUAUAUUGUAUUCUAUUUCUCUAUUCUUGUACUCUAUCAUUUUUGUACAGAACUACGUAUUAGAUUUUAAAUGAUAGUAAUUAUUCAAUGUAUAGUAAUAUUGGAUUCUGGUCGUCGUUGAUCAGAGCGUGAGCGCGAGCAAGAUUUGAUAUUUUUAUAGUUCGCGAGUACAAAUCUGUGAAUUGACGAGUAGUACUGGCGAAUUAUCGAUUGCAUUAAUUUUUAGUGCAGUGACAAAUGACUUUUGCUAUCCAAAGUGCAACUCUAUACUGUACUGGAAUGAUCACUCUGUUUAUAGAUAACAGCUAGAUAUUGUGAAAUAUAAAGCUUGCUUCGUUUGCUUAGCUGAAUUCACCGCAUCUUCCGAGUGUUGCCGACAAAUUCAAUUUCAACUACGAAUAAAAUAACGAGUCGCUGAUUUAGAUAUAUAUCAAUAUCAAUUGAUUGUAAAUUAUAUAUUUUUAAUUUGAAUCAAAUUUAAUCUCACAUUAUUUUGCAAGUAUUCGUGUGAAUAUUCUAGUAUAAUAUGGAGUUUACUGCCCCAAAGUAUAUAUUACUGUCUUUUCAUUUGUUAUCAUAUUAGUACAUUUCAGAUUCGACUGAGUAUAUUCUAUUUACAGGUGCGGCCACGUUUAUGCAAACGUUAUAUUUCUUUGUUGAAUAGUUUGACAUUAUCAGAAAUGUGUUUUAAAUGUCUUUUGUUUUUUUUUCUUUACCAAGGAAAAACGUAAUUACAAUUCUCAAAGAUUGCAACUCUUGUAUACGCGUGGCUUCGUUAAGUUUUAAAUCGUGUCUCUGUGAUGUAUGUUACGUUAACUGUCCACAAAGAUUUUAUUGUUAUCCGAAUUUUCACAUUUUUUCUUUGGCACAAUGAUUUAUAUCUCUGUAAUUUUUUAGAAGUUUUGUAAAUAUUAUUAUAUCUCCUGUUGUGUGAGAGCGCUGAUACCAAUGUUUGAUAUAUUUCUAUCGAUAAUAGAAUUUUCAUUGGACAUUAACACAGGCAGUAGCAGCGUUGUUUUGACCAAAAUGUCGCUCUGUGUGAAAAAUACUUUUUAGUUACAAUUCUUUUUUUUUUUACAGACACAGAGUUUCUCGACUCGGUCUUAUAAUGUCAGAUAUUCCGUUACGUAAUUUAUGUGUCAUUUGUAUUAUAAUAAUAAAAAAAAA